ACUUUUUUUUUUGCAAGCCGCACCCUCUAAAUUUACGUAAGCCCUAAAAAAGAAUGAAAUAUUAAAUUGAGAAGGUGUUGUGUGUGUUAAAAUCGAUUUGUAGUAAAGUUCUUGUUCACGUGACAAUGAUGUCAUAAUUAAAGAAAAUUUCAUUGAAAAGUAAACGUCGAUAGAUGUCUACUUAAUUUAAAUGAAAUUCGAAUCGCGACGAAACCUUGAAAGGGUUGUUGCAUUCAGGGUGAAUACCCAAAAGGAUAUCGAAUAACGCGGAUAGUUGUAUGUUCUACCAAAAGAGGGACAGUGUAGCGCAGAAGGAAGAAAAGAAAGAUAAUAGUAUCCCCCUCUAUAACGAUUGCGUCGAAUUGGUUCUGUUUACGAGCGUGAGCAGGACGUGAGCAGUGUUGCCUUCUAGUGCGGUAUUGUCGAGAAGUAUUCGAAAGCAGCAAAAUUAUACGUCAAAGAUUGGAUUGAUCGAUCUUUAGAAACCCAUCAAGUUUCUUACAGUUUUAACGGUGACAUUUUUCAAUCCGGUUUUAUCGUAAUGCAACCUUGAAUUAUCGUGCGUAACUUGGCGUGAAGUGGACAAGGAGUAUAAAAAUAAAACGAAACGUUUAAAAAAUAGACGACUUAGGCGUCGUUCAAAUUGUUUCGCUAUGGUGUUCAGUUUUCCUUUUUUCUUCGAACCAAUUUGUAUUGCUCUGUUGAUGGGCGUGAUCGAUGCAUCAACUUUGCAGACGAAGGAUCCUCUUGCUCAUCAUGGUAGAUGUGAACCGAUUACAAUUAAUCUUUGUAUGAAUAUACCAUACAACGAGACCAUUAUGCCAAAUUUGAUGAACCAUCAGAAACAAGAAGAGGCUGGUUACGAGGUCCAUCAAUUUGCUCCUCUCGUCAAAGUCAAAUGCAGUCCCGAUUUACGUUUUUUUCUAUGCUCUGUUUAUGCACCAGUUUGCACCAUCAUCGAAAAGGCGAUACCACCUUGUAGAUCACUUUGUGAAAGUGCUCGUGCCGGUUGUGAAGAUUUGAUGAACAGUUUUGGUUUCAAUUGGCCGGAUAACCUUGAUUGUUCCAAAUUACCAGAAAAUGGAAAAGAACUUUGUGUUGGUACUAAUGAAACAGCACCAGUGGAACCAUCGGCACCUGCAUAUUCUCCACCUCGUAUGCCAGUUGCUGAGUUUCAGCCACCUUGGAACGGUCCUGGAACUACUUCUUACAAUAGUAAUGGAUUUGCACUAGGUGCCAGAGACUUUGGUUUUGUUUGUCCCGUGCAAUUUAAAGUCCCACAUAGUUUGGGUUAUUCUCUCAAAGUUGGGAAUAAAAUAGAACCCAAUUGUGGUGCACCUUGUGAUGGUAUGUUCUUCACCGAGAGAGAACGUAAUUUCUCCAGAGUUUGGGUUGGUACUUGGGCAUCUCUCUGUGCAGCAUCCUGUUUUUUUACAUUCUUGACAUUUCUUAUUGACACCGACAGAUUUAGGUAUCCUGAGAGACCUAUUAUUUUUUUAUCGGUAUGCUAUCUGAUGGUAGCAUUGACAUAUGUGAUAGGUUGGGCUGCUGGUAAUUCUAUUGCAUGUAGAGAGCCUUUUCCUCCGCCUCUUGACAUGCGUAUUCAAAUGGUAUCUACAAUAACUCAAGGAACCAAACAUGAACUGUGUACCGUGCUUUUUAUGGUGCUUUAUUUUUUUGGUAUGGCAUCUAGUAUAUGGUGGGUUAUACUCACAUUGACGUGGUUCCUAGCAGCUGGUUUAAAAUGGGGACACGAAGCUAUAGAAGCUCACUCACAAUAUUUUCAUUUAGCUGCUUGGGCAGCACCGGCAAUAAAAACUGUAACAGUUCUUGCAAUGGGUAAAGUAGAAGGUGAUAUAUUAUCCGGUGUUUGCUACGUGGGUUUGUGGAAUGUCGAUGCAUUAAGAGGAUUUGUUUUAGCACCUCUUUGUGUUUAUUUAGUUCUUGGAACAGCCUUCCUUUUCGCCGGAUUUGUUUCUCUCUUUCGCAUACGCACCGUUAUGAAACAUGAUGGUACAAAGACAGACAAGUUAGAAAAGUUAAUGAUCCGUAUCGGUAUUUUUUCCGUAUUAUAUACCGUUCCAGCACUCAUAGUGAUAUCUUGUCUUUUCUACGAACAAGCGUAUUUCGAUCAAUGGAUGUUAACUUGGAACAUGGAAAUGUGUUCGCGACCUGGUUUACAAUCGCUUUACUCAAUGCCUUGUCCUAUAGGAGAUCGUACUCGUGACUUCGGUCGACGACCAGAUUUCGAAGUAUUUAUGAUUAAAUAUUUGAUGGCAAUGAUAGUUGGUAUUACUAGUAGCUUCUGGGUAUGGUCUAGUAAAACGUUAAGUAGUUGGAGACAAUUCUUUAAUCAUCUGCAAGGUCGUCGUACAGAAGCGUACGUGUGAAAUUAAUUAAUCGUGUUUAAGAUAUUAUAAAAAGGAAGAAUGACUUUUGUCAAUGUUAUUUGCUGUCAUUGACAAAUUAUAAUGCUUAGGAACAGAAGUAAACAAAAAAAAAUCCGGUGACAGUUAACUCAAAUGAUCUCGAUUGUUUCGUUUUAGUGCAUUUUAUGCAAUGAAAAAAUAACUUCCAAAAAGGGUUUUUAAAUAUUAUUUUCGUUUUAGAAUACAAAUUUAUUUUUUCAUUGAUGAAUAAUGUAUUAAAUAUGCUUAUCGUAUUGAUUACUUCCAAAGAAAAAAAAAAAAAAACAAGAAGAAGAAGAAGUCAAAGCACGCUUAAAAAUUUGUCAAUGUGUUUUAAGGCUGUCACCCUUUGUAGAAUUUUAAAGACAUUUUUAGAAUUUGUAAUGUGCCAAACGAGUGUUAUAUUUUUAUAAACGAUGCACGUCCUCUGAAUGUCCAUAAGCCUUUUUAUCUAUUUUAACAGCAAUUUGCAUGACACGUGUGUGUAAGAUAUAAUGACUGAUAGUUUAUCAAUUUGAAAGUAUUAUUACACGAUGUCUGCUUUUUAAACUCUUUUUAGAUAUAUUAUAUUAAGAAAACAUUUGAUAAAGGCAGUUCUUCUUUUUAUACUGUUCAACUUUGUAA